UGUGCGCCGACGGGGCUCUCGCCCCGCAGCCGAGCCGUGCCGAGCCGAACGGCGGCGAGCCCAGCUCCGCUCCGCUCCCCGGUGAUGCGCAGCGGCCGCGCCGCCUGACCCUCCUGCCCGCUGCCAUGGCGGCCCCGAUCCCCGGAGGGGCGGCGGGGGUCCCGGCGGGGCUGCGGGCCGCCGCCUGGCUGCUGGCGUGCGCCGCGCUGUGCCGGGGCCGCGCCGCCGCCUGCCCGCCGCUGUGCGCCUGCAGCGGCACCACGGUGGACUGCCACGGCUCGGCCCUGCGCGCCGUGCCCCGCAGCAUCCCCCGCGGCACCGAGCGCCUGGAACUCAAUGGCAACAACAUAACACGGAUCAACAAGAAUGACUUUGCUGGGCUGAAGCAGCUCCGCGUCCUGCAGCUGAUGGAAAACCAGAUCAGCACAGUGGAGCGUGGAGCGUUCGAUGACAUGAAGGAGCUUGAGCGGCUACGGCUGAACCGCAACCAGCUGCACACCCUGCCCGAGCUCCUCUUCCAGAACAAUCAGGCGCUCUCACGGCUGGACCUGAGUGAGAACUUCAUCCAGGCCAUCCCCAGGAAAGCGUUCCGUGGAGCCACCGACCUCAAGAACCUGCAACUGGACAAGAAUCAGAUCAGCUGCAUCGAGGAUGGAGCUUUCCGUGCCCUGCGGGGGCUGGAGGUCCUGACCCUGAAUAACAACAAUAUCACUUCUAUCCCCGUGUCCAGCUUCAACCACAUGCCCAAGCUGCGGACGUUCCGCCUGCACUCCAACCAUCUCUUCUGCGACUGCCACCUGGCCUGGCUUUCGCAGUGGCUGCGCCAGCGUCCCACCAUCGGGCUCUUCACGCAGUGCUCUGCUCCUGCCCAGCUCCGUGGCCUCAAUGUGGCUGAGAUCCAGAAGAAUGAGUUCAGCUGCUCUGGACAAACGGACCCAGCACGUGCCCAACUCUGCAGCUUGUCCUCUGGCUCCUGCCCAGCCAUGUGCACUUGCAGCAAUGGCAUCGUGGACUGUCGGGGCAAGGGGCUGACAGCCAUCCCUGCCAACCUGCCCGAGACCAUGACAGAGAUACGUCUGGAACUCAAUGGCAUCAAGUCCAUCCCUCCAGGUGCCUUCUCCCCCUACAAGAAGCUGCGGAGGAUAGACCUGAGCAACAACCAGAUCUCGGAGAUCGCCCCUGACGCCUUCCAGGGGCUGCGCUCGCUGAACUCGCUGGUGCUGUAUGGCAACAAGAUCACGGACCUCCCCAAGGGUGUCUUCGGGGGACUUUUUGCCUUGCAGCUGCUGCUUCUUAAUGCCAACAAGAUCAACUGCGUACGGGCUGACGCCUUCCAGGACCUGCAGAACCUCUCACUGCUCUCGCUCUAUGACAACAAGAUCCAGAGCCUGGCCAAGGGCACCUUCACCUCCCUGCGGGCCAUCCAGACCCUGCACCUGGCCCAGAACCCCUUCAUCUGUGACUGCAACCUGAAGUGGCUGGCAGAUUUCCUCCGUGCCAACCCCGUGGAGACCAGCGGUGCCCGCUGUGCCAGCCCCCGCCGCCUGGCCAACAAGCGCAUCGGACAGAUCAAGAGCAAGAAGUUUCGCUGCUCGGCCAAAGAGCAGUAUUUCAUCCCAGGGACAGAGGAUUACCAGCUGAACAGUGAGUGCAACAGUGACGUGAUCUGCCCCCCAAAGUGCCGCUGUGAAUCAGGUGUGGUCGAGUGCUCCAACCUGAAACUCACCAAGAUCCCGGAUCGCAUCCCGCAGUCCACGGCUGAGCUACGCCUGAACAACAAUGAAAUCUCUAUCCUGGAGGCUACUGGCAUCUUCAAGAAACUCCCACAUCUGAAGAAAAUCAACCUCAGCAACAACAAGGUAUUGGAGAUUGAGGAUGGGGCAUUCGAGGGGGCAUCCUCUGUGAAUGAGCUGCACCUCACUGUCAACCAGCUGGAGUCCGUGCGGAGUGGCAUGUUCAGGGGCCUGGAUGGGCUGAGGACACUGAUGCUGAGGAACAACCGCAUCAGCUGCAUCCACAACGACAGCUUCACGGGGCUGCGCAACGUCCGCCUGCUCUCCCUGUACGACAACCAGAUCAGCACCAUUGCUCCGGGCGCCUUUGACACGCUGCAGUCCCUUUCCACACUGAACCUGCUCGCCAACCCUUUCAACUGCAACUGCCAGCUGGCCUGGCUGGGGGACUGGCUGCGCAAGAGGAAGAUCGUGACGGGGAACCCUCGGUGCCAAAACCCUGACUUCCUCCGGCAGAUCCCUCUCCAAGACGUGGCUUUCCCUGACUUCAGGUGUGAGGAAGGUAAGGAGGAGACCACCUGCAUCCCUCGGCCCCAGUGCCCACAAGAGUGCACCUGCCUUGACACCGUUGUCCGCUGCAGCAACAAGCAUCUCAAGGCCCUGCCCAAGGGGAUCCCCAAGAACGUCACAGAGCUCUACCUGGAUGGGAACCAGUUCACUCAGGUCCCAGGGCAGCUUUCUACCUUCAAGUACCUGCAGCUUGUCGAUCUGAGCAACAACAAGAUCAGCUCCCUGAGCAACUCCUCCUUCACCAACAUGAGCCAGCUCACCACCCUGAUCCUCAGCUACAACUCCUUGCAGUGCAUCCCUCCACAGGCCUUCGAGGGCCUCCGUUCCCUCCGGCUGCUGUCUCUCCAUGGCAAUGACAUCUCCAGCCUCCCCGAGGGCAUCUUUGCAGAUGUCACCUCUCUGUCUCACCUAGCCAUCGGGGCCAACCCCCUGUACUGCAGCUGCAACCUGCGCUGGCUCUCCAGCUGGGUCAAGACAGGGUACAAGGAGCCAGGCAUCGCCCGCUGCGCUGGACCCCCCGACAUGGAAGGCAAACUGCUGCUCACCACCCCUGCCAAGAAGUUUGAGUGCCAAGGCCCACCCUCCCUGAGUGUCCAGGCCAAGUGCAAUCCCUGCCUCUCCAGCCCCUGCCAGAACCAGGGCACCUGCCACAAUGACCCCCUCAGCUUCUACCGCUGCACCUGCCCCAGUGGCUACAAGGGCAGGGACUGCGAGGUGCCACUCAGUGGCUGCUCCUCCAACCCCUGCGCCAAUGGGGGGACCUGCCAGCCUCAGGAGGGGGAAGGAGCUGGGUUCAGGUGCCUGUGCCCAGAAGGCUUCGAGGGCCUGAGCUGCCGCGCCACCAGCAACCCCUGCAAGGAGCACAUCUGUGAGAACGGAGGCUCCUGUGUGCCCAGUGCCACCAACUACACCUGCCUUUGUCCUGCCCACUACACAGGGGAAUUCUGUGAGCAGCCACCUGAUUUCUGCUCAUCUGAGCUCAACCCAUGCCAGCACGACUCCACAUGCAUCUCUACUAACCAGGGGCCCAGGUGUGUGUGUGCCCCUGGCUAUGUGGGGAGCAACUGCAGCGAGGACUUCGAUGACUGCCAAGACCACCGGUGCCAGAACAACGCCCGCUGCCUGGACGAGGUGAACGGCUACUCCUGCCUCUGCACUGAGGGCUACAGUGGCCAGCUCUGCGAGAUGCCGCCCCACACCGCUGGCCAGUCCGGUCUCUGCGAGCGAGCCGAGUGCCAAAACGGGGCCCCGUGUGUGGAGCGCGGUGCCCGCGCCCUUUGCCAGUGCCUGCCUGGCUUCGGUGGCCCCAAGUGUGAGAAGCUGCUGAGCGUCAACUUCGUGGACCGUGACACAUACCUGCAGUUCACUGACCUGCAGGACUGGCCGCGGGCCAAUAUCACCCUUCAGGUCUCCACAGCUGAAGGCAAUGGCAUCCUGCUGUAUAAUGGUGACAGUGACCACAUGGCUGUGGAGCUGUACCAGGGCCACGUCAGGGUCAGCUAUGACCCUGGCACCCACCCCAGCUCAGCCAUCUACAGUGCCGAGACCAUCAACGAUGGGCAGUUCCACACCGUGGAGCUGGUGACCUUCGACCAGAUGGUGAACCUCUCCAUUGACGGUGGCAGCCCCAUGACCAUGGACAACUCAGGGAAGCACUACACACUGAACAGUGAGGCUCCUCUCUAUGUGGGAGGAAUGCCUGUGGAUGUCAACUCAGCUGCCUUCCGCCUCUGGCAGCUCCUCAAUGGCACCAGCUUCCACGGAUGCAUCCGCAACCUCUACAUCAACAACGAGCUGCAGGACUUCACCAAGACGCGGAUGACGCCAGGGGUGGUGCCGGGCUGCGAGCCCUGCCGCAAGCUCUACUGCCUCCAUGGCAUCUGCCAGCCCGCCGGCGCCCAGGGCCCCGUCUGCCACUGUGAGCCCGGCUGGGAUGGGCCCCACUGCGACCAGCCCCGUGGUGGCCCCUGCCAGGGGCACAAGUGCGUGCAUGGGCUGUGCCUGCCCCUCGAUGCCCUCUCCUAUAGCUGCCAGUGCCGUGAAGGCUACCAGGGCGCCCUCUGCAACCAGCCUGCUGAGCCACCUGACCCCUGCCACCACCAGCCCUGCAUCCAUGGCCACUGCCACCUCACCCCAGGUGGCCAGCCUACCUGCGAGUGCCAUGAUGGCUACACCGGAGCCCUCUGUGACCAGGAGCCGGAGUGCCGUGGGGAGCCAGUGCGGGACUACCACCAGGUGCAGCGGGGCUAUGCCAUCUGCCAGACAACGCGGCCGGUGGCCUGGGUGGAAUGCCGGGGGACCUGCGGUGGCCCUGAUGCCGGUUGCUGCACUGGACUGCGGCUCCGGCGCAGGAAAUAUGCCUUUGAGUGCAGCAACGGUGCAACCUUCGUGGAGGAGGUGGAGAAGCCCAGCAAGUGCGGCUGCAGCCAGUGCCUGUGAGCAGCCACCGGCCCUGCAGAGCUGAGGGGCUGCCAGAGAGACCCCCCAGAGCCAAGGACCUCACUUUGCCCUGCGGGCAUGGUGCUGCUCUCUGGGUGUUCCGAACUGCAGCUGCAUCCAAGGAGCCUGGCAGAGGGUAGAGCUGGUACAUCUAGAAGGUUGGGAAAGAAAAAGAAAAAAAAAAAAGGAAAAGAAAAAAAACCCCACAAACAAAGCAAAUGUGUAGAUAGAGAAUUUUUUUAAGAACUGCAGCUACAGAGAUGUGUGGAUACAGCGUGAGCACCCUGCCCAGCUGCCCCUGCCCUCUCCUUGUGGCACUCUGCCUCCCUGCCAGCACAGCCCCACAGCCAUGGAGGGCAGUGCCUGCGUCCCCUUCAUGUUCCCUCCCUGGCAACCCUGUCCCUUGCAUCCAGCCAAGAGAUCUGAGGCCUUUUCCAGCACCUGGGACUGGAGGAGAGGGGCCUGAUAUGGCAGAGUCCUGUGAGCCAUGGCAAGCUGUGACUCACAGAGGGCUGCAUGGUGUAGCCAGCAUCCUGUAGUCCUGGUGAGCCCAGAGCCUGUUUUCCCAUCCUCUCCUCUAGCAGCCCUGGUCUCCCUGCUAAGGACCUGCUAUUGCCCCGAUAGCAGCUGCAGCAAGCAGUUCCCUGGUGUGGUGGCCAGGGUGCUGGAGCCCAGAGUGCCCUAAAUAAUGUCACAAGCUCCAUGCCACAGCCUGAUCAUCUGAUGGCACCCCCGGUCUGUGCAUGCCAGCUGGGCUCAGCAGGGCACAGGGCAUGCAUGGGUCCAGCCCACUCUGAUCACAUCAGGGCCAUGCUGGUGGAACAGGGCAAGGCACAUUGGCAGUGCCAGGCACACUGAGUGGGGGGCAGGCAGCAGUGUGCAAAUGUCCCUGGGGGUCCCAGUGCCAACCUGCCCUGUGCCAUGGGGACCAGCACCGUACCAUUCGUGUGGAGAGGGCUCAGCCAGAGGGCUCUGCUCAGAGGUGGGAGCCAUGUGAGGCAGCACAGGAGGCCCUUUCUUCCAGGCUCUGCCCUGGGGGAAUGAGCCUGCAGCUGGGCAAAGGUGCCCCAUGUCCCACUGACCCAGCCAGCAGGAGCAGGAGGCCACUGGGACAGUCAGGGUGCGAGUUUGCCAUGUUCAUCACUGGGACCUCAGCCUUGUGGGUGCCAGGGCCAGUUGAAGAGACUGAAGAUGUCCAAGCCUGCAAACCUGGAGCCAACACCACUGCCAGGGCAGGACCCACCAGCUCUUGGAUUCAAGUAUCCACGCCUGGGCAGCACCUCUCCAAAGCCCACAGUGUCAGGGGGUAUGCUGGGCUGGAGUAGGAGCAGAGGCACAUGGGGAGCUCAUGCCAGGGUGCUGCACACACCUGACAUCCACAGCAGUGUCACCUCUCUGACUGUGGGGGCAAAGGAUGGUGGGGGCCUGAUCUGGGACACUGCACAUGGCUGGACAGUGAAACUCCACAUCACUCAGGUGGACAGACUUAUCCCAGGGCUGCAGCCCUACACACCGCUCCAGCAUUUUGGCUUCAGGUCCACACUGCCAGCUGCAGCCGGGCUCUGGGUAUCUCCAUCAGACACACCCAGCUGUCAGUGCUCUCACCGUUCCUCCUCACCACUGGUAUCCAGGACGUUCCCACCACCACGGGGAUGUGUUUCUGCCACCAAUGCUCUCUCCAUGGGAGCUCCUCUGCCGCACAGAGGAGCCGGGAUGCGUCUCAUUUUGCCUGUGGCCCGGCUGGGGCUUGGUUGUGUUGUGUUUCUGUUCUUGCUGUACGCUAACCGCUAAAGUAUCUCUUUAUACAGAAUACUUACAGAUUCUAAUAUAUAUUUGUAUUUCAUUUUGUUAUAGUAUUUUUAUAUGUUUGGGGUCAACAAAUGAUGUUUUCUUUUUGUUUACAGAUGCUACUGGGCAGGAAAAUGACGGUGGCUUUGUUUGGCCCGUGGGGUUUGUGUGUGUCACUAUUGAAGACGCUGGUUUGUACUAGGCUGGCGAGGGAGGCACUGGGCAUCCUUCCGCUGGUAGAGGCUGUAUUGUUUUAGGAGAUGUUUGGUAUUGUCUAUGUUGUCUUCCAUGUGAACAUGACAUUUAUUCAUUCA